UCCUCUGGGGCAUGUAGUACGUGUCUUCCGCGGAGCACGCUGUGUUGUCCCGGCAUUUUUUCCUGGUUUGGGGACUGGAUCAUCAGAGGAGAGAAGCUGCGUGUUGGAAUGGGAUUUGGAGUUAUAAUGGAAGCAAAAUAUGUGAAGGAAAAAUAGUUACCUUUUUUAUCAGCGUAUUGCACCUGACUUCUAGUUGCAAAUGGUUUUCAUUGCCUAAGAAAAUUUAUGAUAUAAAUGAAGAAUUACCUUUCUUUCAGACUCAUUGUUUGUAAAUAUGCUUCGCCUAAGAGCUAUUUGUCCGUUCUCCUGGAGAGUGUUUCAAUUUCGAACCUGCAGUUGUAAACCACUAAUUAGCCAGAUGAUUACGUGUACAGAUGAAGAGCAAGUAUUUCAUCUUAUUAAAAAAAACAAAACCAUACUUUCAGAAAAACAAGUGGAAUGUGCAUUUAAUAUACUUUGGCAGUUUCAAAACCAGAAGACCAGCUUUUUAAAAAAUGUUGAAUGUAUCAGAGACCAUCCCCAAUUUCUUACUCUUCAUAAUGUAGCUACAAGUCAAAAGGAAUUCAUGAAUGAUGAUACCCUGGUGAAUGUGUUGUACAUCACACAACAGUGUGCUACUGUGCCCCAUGACCUGGUUGCAGCACUAGUUACAGAAGCAUGGAGAAGACUGGAAAGGUUUGAUAUUAAUGUGCUGUCAAAAUUUUCCUCUUGCCUAGCAUAUCAACAUUUAUAUUUCAGUCCAUUAAUGGGAAAAAUAGCUGAUAUUGUACAUAGGAAUCUCGAAACCAUAGAGGACUUAAGGUCCUUGUCUGUAUUGAUGGUCAGCAUAUCUUCUUUAAUAUCACAACGUUUUCAAGAACAAUUAGUGCACAAAACAGAACAUCUUUUCGAUACCACAGAUUCUUCCCAAGUCAACGUUGCAAGAAGAAUAGUACAAUUUCUUCGAAAUACUAAACAUAGUUAUUACCCACUAUUAGAAAGGUGCAAUAAAGUGUUUUUACACAAUAUGAACCACCUUGAUUUGGACUCCAUAAGUAAAAUACUUAGUCUAUAUCACUGUCUACAGUUUCAUAGAUUUGAAUUUAUUAAAAUGGCUAACAAGAGGCUAACUGAAAUGAUUCCUCUGUUUGAUCACCCUGAUGGCUUUGUAAAACUGUUUGUAGCACUGGGACCCAUGGCAGGACCUGAAGAAAAGAAACAACUUAAAUCAACUCUAUUAUUGAUGUCAGAGAAGCUAACCAGCAAGCAGGCCCUGGCAGUGGUGGGAGCAAUGGAAGAGAUGGAAAGCAGAAAUUCACAUCUGAUUAAAAAGAUCGCUUCAAUUCUGUAUAAACAUUUGGAUACCUAUAAACCAGUAGAGUUGUUGAAGAUAACCCAAGCAUUGAUUUUUCUUCAUUUUCAAAGUAAAGAGCUUUUUGUGAAGCUCAGAGAAUUACUGCUUAGUUAUUUGAAAAUUAGUUUUAUACCUAGUGAGAUUUCCAUCGUGGUCUAUACUCUUUCCAUUCUUCCAUCCCCUCACCUAGAUGAAGUGGGAAUAUCUCGAAUUGAAGCUGUUUUACCACAAUGUGACCUAAAUGACCUGAAUGGUUUUGCUACAUCUGUUUUAAGAUGGAUUCAUUAUGAUCACACAUAUCUGGAUAAUACCACUGGGAAACAACUGAAACUGCUUCAAAAACUAGAUCACUAUGGCCUUCAGAGACUACAAAAAUGCAACAAUUUGAAUCUGUUACAGGAAGAACUUAAAUCUUUAAAAGGAGACUGGUUUGCUGAGUCACUUCUUGAAGAAACGGUUGCUACUUUACAGCGUUUGAUGGAUGAAAUUAAUUACAAAAAUGUUGCAGAGAUUUCAUCUUUUAUUUCUAGAACCAACUACCUGAGUACUUUGCUGCUUGAUAAGAUAGCCUCAGUGGUCAUUCAGCAGAUUGAAAAGAUCCACCCUUUUGUGAUCCCUGGUAUUAUUUUUCCAUUUAGCGUCUUGAACUAUGAUCCACCUCAAAGUGAUGAAUUUUUCAGGAUUUGCAUUCAAUACCUGAAUUCUUACUUAAGUGAAUUGGAUCCUCUCAUGUUAGUGUUUCUUGGUUAUUCUUUGGCCACACUUGGAUAUUUUCCAGAAGAUCUGCUGAAGGCAAUUUUUAAUAUCAAAUUCUUAGCCAAAAUGGAUUCUCAGCUUAAAUUUUUAUGUUCAUCUCUAAAUAUGACGGUCCAGUUUCGUCUUAUGGAAUUAAAUAGAGCAGUCUGCUUGGAGUGCCCUGAGUAUCAGAUUCCAUGGUUUCAUGACCGCUUCUGUCAACAACAGUAUAAAGAUAUCAGCAGUGUGACUGGAACACAACAGCGGAUUUAUAAAAUGUUAGCAGAGGUGCUAGGAGGAACCAAUCGUGUAAAAGCCUCGGUUCUUACGCCUUAUUACCACAGAAUAGAUUUUGAGUGUAUCUUGGAUAAAAGAAAAAAAGCUCUUCCAUAUGGAAGCCACAAUAUAACUUUGGGAAAACCGCCAGAAACGCACUGGGAAUCAAAUACCCAAAUAACUGGAUCAAGACUGCCACCAGGAGCUGAAAGGAUUGCUCUGGAAUUUUUGGAUUCAAGAGCUUUUUGUAGAAACAUCCCUCACUUAAAAGGAAAAUCUGCUCUGAAAAAACGACAGUUGGAAAUUUUGGGCUAUCAUGUAAUUCAGAUCCCGCAUUUUGAGUGGAACUCUAUGGCAUUGUCAACAAAGGAAGCUCGGAUGGACUACCUGAGAGAACGUAUAUUUGGAGAAGGCAAAUCAUGAUUGUAGCUUUUAUUUAAAAAUAGUGACAAUGGUGUGUCACAACUGAACUUAUUUUAAUUAAGUGGUCUGAGUCAAUGAAAAAAUAAUAGUACAGAAUUGACUGAUUUCAAGGUCAGUUGAGUACCUAUUAAAACAGACAUUUUACUUUCUCCAAUAUUUCUUUACUAUCUGGUUGGGAAAUUAUAUAAAAUUCUUAAUGUAAAGGACUUGUAGCUUUUAAGAAACUAAAAUAGUUUAUAAUUCAGUCUUUGAGUGUCUAUGAAGUGCCAGGAAGUGUUUUAGAUGCAGGGAUAUAGCCGUGAAUGUAGCAUAUCUGCCAUGGGUAGAGUCAAACAAAAUAAAUGAAUAAAAUACAUUGUACCAUAGAUGAUAUUGAGUGAUAUGGAGAAAAAUUUGGGGUAGAGGGGAUAGGAAUAUUUUGGGUAGGUAUAAUUUUAAAUAGGGUGAUCUGAGAAGGACUCACUAAGGUGGUAUUUGAAUAAGGACUUAAGGAGAUGAGUUAACUGGCAGUAGAGUAUUCCAGGCAGAGGGACCAGUAGGUACAAAGAUCCUGAGGUAGGACUAUGCCUGGCAUAUUUGAGGAUAACAAGGAAUCCUCUGUGGCUGAAACAGAACAAAUGGGAGGUUGAGGGUAGAGGUAUAAUAAGAGAAAAAGUAAGAUAGAUAAGAGUCAAAUAUAUAUCCCGUGACCUCAUGGCUACGGUAAGUGAGAUAAGCAGCCAUUGGAGAGUUUCUAUAAAGGAAUGAUAGGAAGUCAUAUUUUAACUGAAUCACUUGGGCUACUCUGUUGAGAUGAGCAAAGACUGCAGUAAGGCAAGUGUAUAAGCAAGGAAACCUAUUAGAAGGUCAUUGCAAUAGUCCAGACAAAAAAUAGAUGGUUGGUGGGGCACCUGGCUGGCUCAGUCGGUAGAACAUACAACUGUUGAUCUCAGGGUCAUGAGUUCAAGCCCCACAUUGGGCAUGGAGCCUACUUAAAAUAAAUAAAAAAUAAAUGGUUGGCUUAGAGUAGUAUCUAUGGAAGUAAUGAGAAGUGGUCAGAUUUUUUGAUGUAUUUUGAAGGCAGAGGAACCAAAAUUUGCUCACUGAUUGGAUAUGAAGUAUGAGGGAAGGGAGUCAAGGAUACUUCUAAGUUUUUGUCCUGAGUGACUAAAAGGACGUUAUUGCUAUUGACUAAGAUGGGAAAGUCUACGGGAGGAAGAAGUAGAGGCCGCAGUGGGUGGGAGGAUCAUGAGUUUGGUUUUAGACAUACUGAGUUUGUGAUACCUUUUACUUAUUUUUUAUUUUUUUAAAGAUUUUAUUUAUUUAUUUGUCAGAGAGAGAGAGCGAGCACAUACACAAGCAGGGGGAGCGGCAGGCAGAGGAAGAAGCAGGCGCCUUGCCAAGCAAGGAGCCCCAUGUGGGUCUUGAUCCCAGGACCCUGGGAUUAUAACCUGAGCUGAAGGAAAAUGCUUAACUGACUUAGCCACCUGGGUGUCCCUGGGAUGCCUUUUAAACAUCUUAAUGGAGAUAUCAAACAGGCAUUUUAAUGAGUUUGGAGGUGAAGGCAGAGGUCUAGGUGCCAGAUAGAAAGUUGGAAGUUGUCAAAAGUAUGUAACGUUAUGAAAGUAGAUGAAAUCACUAAAAUGUGAUUAGGGGAGAGUGAUAAUGGAGGAGAAGUCUGAGGACUCAGCUCCAGGUGCCCCAACAUGAGGUCAAGAAGAGGAGGAAUAAGCAAAGGAGGCUGGGCAGUGGUGGCCAGUGAGGUAGGAGGGAAAGUCAUAGGUGGUGAUACUUCCUCGAGGCCAAGUCGAGAAAGCAUCUCAAGGAGGAGGAAGUGAGCAGUCGUAUCAGAUGCUGCUGAUGGCUCGGGUAAAAUGAGGACUGGGAAAUGUCCCUUAAACUUAGCAACAUGAAAUUCACUGGUUAUCUUGAAAAGAGAAGUUUUGGGGAUGGGGUGUGUGUGAAAGCCUGAUCGGUUUAAUAGAAAGUGGGAGGAGACUUUUUUUUUUUUUAAAUAAAUGGAAGUAAAGAGAUAGAAUGGGAAAUUGACGAAUCUUGACCUGGUCUGAUCCUACCCAUGAUGGAUAAUGAUUUUCUCUUGUCUUACAACACAUUUAUUCAAUAAAAUAGUUACUAAGGGCCUACUAUGUGAUAUAAUCCCUAGCUCUUCUUCCAAGAGUGAUAUAUUUGUGCUGGGCAGAAAGCCAUGUUGUAGCUAUCCUCAGGCCACUGAUGGGAGUGCAGGUAAUUAGCAGCUUAAACUUGCUGCCUUCUGACUUCAUGACCCUGUAAGUUCAUUCUGUCCAAAAAUAAGUUGGUAGCCAGAGUGCCUUGAGUCUGAAGCAUAGCUAUAAAACAUGUGUCCUGCAUAGAUUUUGGUCUGUUGAUAUUGAUUUAGGUUUAGUUGAAGUACUUGUUUAAAAUAUUGUUACUUUGCGGGACGCCCGGGUGGCUUAGUUGAUUAAGUGUCUGCCUUCGGCUCAGGUCAUGAUCCCAGAGUCCUGGGAUCCCAGAGUCCUGCAUCGGGCUCCCUACUCAUCGGGGAGCCUGCUUCUCCCUCUGCCUGCUGUCCCCCUGCUUGCACUUGUGUGUGCGCUCUCUCUCUCUCAAAUAAAUAAAAAUCUUAAAAAAAAUAAUAAAAUAUCAUUACUUUGCAUGAUGUGAAUCCAAUACAUAAUUGUUUUACAACAUGUAAACUUCACAGAAUCUUUUGUGAAAAACAGGAUGAAAACAGUAAGCAAAUGAAAGAUGUCUCUUUGUAAACCAGUCUCCCUCAUUUUGGAUUUCCUCAUGAUAUUCAUUUGUAUUAGCUGAAAUGCUAAAUUCUAAGUGUUUGUCUUCUAUAUUCAUAAAUGUGUUCUAUUUCCCAAGCAAUUGAUUAUGAGAAAUAAACCCUGAAUAGGUUAAAAUAUUUUAUUCAGCAACUUUUAGAAUAAAAUGGUUAGACCAAUGAGGAUUAUAAAUUGUUUCCUUUGGAUAUAAAUGAAAACCCAGUUGUUGUAUACUUUGAAUAUGUGGAAAUCUUGAUUAAAUGACCCUGAUGUACCUUUCACUUACUGUUACACACACUCUGACAUCUCUUGUACCACAUCUCUUACUGUCCUUCCUCUAGGCUGCCUGAUUCAAAUGGUUUUCUUUAUAUAUAUACUCUUAUAUUUUUGUUUGAUGGUUUUUCUGCUUACAUAACUGGAGUUGUUAAGCAAAAGCAUUUUUUUAAAGCAUUCUUUUUUUCAUUGAAAUAUAAUUAACAUACCAUAAAAUCCACCCUUUUAAAAUAUACAAUGCAGUGGUUUCUAAAAUAUUCACAAGUUUGUACAACCAUUGCCACUAUUUAGUUCUAGAACAUUUUCAUCAUCCCAGAGUAUUAUUUUUACAAUUUAAUCUCAUGUCUAUAUAGAUCAGCACUCUCCCCAAAAGAAACCACGAUCUUGCUUUUAUAGCAAGCACUUCCUCUUACAGUUUUAUCACUCAGGUUUUAUCUCUGCGCCUCCCCCCUUUUAAGUGUGUCUUAAUUUAUAAGCAUCUCCCACCAUCCCUUUCUCUUCCAAAUAGUUUAUCUGCUGGACAACUUGUGGAGUUUCCCACCCUCAGGAUUUGUUGAUUGUACAAUCGUGGUAUAGUCUAGAGCAGUAUUUGUCAAUACAGAGAAGUACCUAGGAUUCUACUUCAGAGAUCAAAGUAAAUCUGGUUUUUGUUGGAUGUUUCCGUAUUUAUGGUAGAGACAAUAAACCUGUAUGAACACUCAUCUAUUCUUUAUGAAAUUGCUUGACAAGUGAUUGAUAAUGGAAUACUCCAAAUUAGUUCCAAGUCAGGUUUCUCAGAAAAUAAGAUGUGUAAGGAUAGAAGUCAAACGUAUCUACGAAAGCAUGUGAAACCCAUUUGUGAUGGUUAGUUGAUGACUUGCAGAGAGUUGAAUAUGAUGAUUGUGGACAGA